AUGAUGAGAACACGCUACUUUGCUUACUUUUUCCUGUUAGCUCGUCUUCUGCCUCUAAUGUUCGGAGGUCUAACACAUGCUGCCCUCAACGAAAAUCCAUCGUUGAUGAGUAAAUAUUCUCCUGUCACCUUCAAGGUUGGAAGCAGCUUGAAUACCACAAGUCUCUCAUUCCAUCCAGAUUUGACCCUUGUACAAAGGCGAUCAAUUACGACCAUUACCAUCUCCUCCACAUCUACAGACACAACUGACUGCGGUUGCACUGAAAGCACGACCUGGCUAAGCACAGCUACCGUGUCACCUUCCACACUCCCAAGCACUACGACUGCCGAAUCUACUGGUUCUGAGAACCCAACCAUCACAACGUCUACGACUCCAGUAGCUCCGGCUACGUCCACUGUCUGGAGGAAUUCGACGGAAACUUCCACACGGCUCUCCACCUCAGUGGUUGGUUCUACUAUCACAUCGACAGAGUGGGAGACUAGAACAGUUAACACGACAACCACGGAGACUGCGACCUACUUGAGUACUGUCUCUCUUACGAAGGCCAUGACGCUUACAGCGCCUGUUACAGAGACACUUUCGAAAACGGCUACCAACACAGUAACUGACUCUAUCACCACAACUAUUCCAGCUGACGGGGACGGCCGUUUUACAGAUGAGCCCUUGCCUAAAAAUACCCCUACUGCACCAGAUACGACAUCGGGUAACACAGAUGCAGGCCUUGUUUGGGAGACUACACUAGAAGUUACAUCGACUGUGUUGCCCUCGUUGGGCUUGCCGGCCACAGCCACCACCGGUAUUGAUCCCUCUGGAUUUGAGAAUAACUAUGUUAGACAGGGCUAA